GUCACGCCGUAGAAGGCUCCUCGUUGUGCUCAGGUCUUCUCAGAUAAAGACGACAUCGUGGUCUCUGCAAACAAUUACAUGCUGCUGCGCUAUUUCAGUUACUGGUUCUCUCUUUUUGGAUUCAGGCUAACAAGAAGCUUGAGUAUAACUUCAGCUGACCAGUCAACGUUCGAAAAAGCUCAAGGAGAGAAGGUUACGCUGCCAUGUACUUUUGUACUCUCCGAAGAGGAUGAAGGCCCACUAGAUAUCGAGUGGGUCUUGAUACCAGCCGAUAAUCAAAAGAAGGAACAAAUAAUAAUUAUGUAUGCUGUAGACAGGAUCUACAAUCAUUAUUAUGCUGCUAUGACUGGACGGAUGCAGUUUACUAAUCCUGAUCCCAGAUCUGGUGAUGGUUCUUUGGAUAUCCUGAAUUUAAAAUCAGCGGACACUGGCACAUACCAGUGUAAAGUGAAGAAGGCUCCUGGAGUUCAAAGCCAAAAAAUACAAUUGACUGUACUUGUAAAACCAGCAAGGACUAAAUGCUCCAUUGAAGGAUCACAGGAGAUUGGAAACGAUGUUAUCUUGAAAUGCGCAUCGCAAGAGGGAUCCCCACUUUUGUCUUAUGACUGGAGAAGAGUAGUUGGCACAAAACAGCUUCCUGUCACUUCUAUGCUGAAUAAGAAUACAGGAGAACUUCUCUUGAAAAAUGCCUCUCAAGACUAUUCUGGUACAUACAGUUGUGUUGCCUCAAACAGAGUUGGCACAGAUGAAUGUUUUGUUGAGCUGAAUGUCACCCCUCCUAUAAAUACAGCUGGUAUAAUUGCUGGAGCUAUUGUAGGAACUCUGCUGGGUCUCUUUUUACUGGCUUUUCUCGUCUUCUGUUGCUGUAAGAAACAUAGAGAGAAGAAAUAUGAGAAAGAAGUGCAUCAUGAUAUUAGAGAAGAUGUUCCACCUCCAAAAAGUCGCAGUUCAACAGCCCGCAGCUACAUAGGCAGCAAUCGUUCUUCUCUGGGUUCAAUGUCUCCCUCCAAUAUGGAAGGAUAUACCAAAACUCCGUAUAGCCAAGUACCAAGUGAAGACUUUGAACGUACUACUGGUCAAAAUCCAAAUUUUGCACCUUCAAAGGUAGCUGCACCUAAUUUAAGUAGAAUGGGAGCUGUCCCUGUGAUGAUUCCAGCACAAAGCAAAGAUGGGUCCAUAGUAUAAAAUGUUAUUAAUUUAAGUCCUGUUUUCAAAUGUUCAUUAUAAGUAUUAGAAAAAAACUGCCUUGUUCCAACCCUCGUCUAAACAAUGGCAUGCAAUUUUCCUUGAAGAAAAUGAACAAGUUAGUUUGAAAAGCCAUUAGUUUUCAUUUUAAAUUUCAAACUUAUGUAUAUAACAGUCAAGCUACUUGCUAAAAGCAUUGAAGUUCCUAUAUAAAUAUUGGAUACAAAGUAUUUGGACUCAGGUUGCUGAAGAGACAGGAUCAGCUAGUAUGCAGUUCCGAAUAUGAAACAACAAGACACACCUGAGAAGUAACAAAAGCGUUUCGUAUGUAGGUCAUGAAGUUCCUCGGAGUCCCUGAAACUUUAUCUUCAGUUUUGGAAUAAAAGAAAUAUUUUUAACUUCACCCUUUUCUAAUGAAGUUGGAGCUGGUUGAAAUACUUAGAAUGACUUGAAAUUCUGUUCAGUUUCUGAGUAUUUAUACAGUUCUUUAACUUGAUAAUAUUUGGAGCACUUCUUGAGCCCUUAUUUCAGGGGCUGCCAGUUCUUUGACUGGUUCAGUUAACUUUAAGGAGUCUGUUCUGAGUUUAAAAUUUCAGUGAAUAGAAAUAUGAGAGGAGACCUUGCAAGCUCUUUGAAACCUGAAUUUUAGUGUAAGAGCAACUAGUUCUAGUCAUGUCAGAUAACUUAAUACUAACGUUAUCUGGUGUCAGAGGUCCUAUCUGGUUGUUACUACCAGUAUCUAAGCUUUAAAGUGUGUAUUUUAUUGUCACAUUAAGUAUGAAUAUGUAUCUCAAUACAGGUUUUAAAAAGCAAGAUACUGUUGACUUUCCUAAAGCCUGUAUAGAUUCUAAAGCAGUGCUCUUGCUUUUUCCAAACAAUUAUCUGGAGGCUCCAUGGGCAUUUGAAUGAAAGAUGUUAAGUAAACAGUGUUUGAUAUAUAUCCUCUUAUCUAACAUCACUUCAGAAAAUCUUUUCCCACAUUCAUACAAGCAGUAUGUAGCUUUUCCUUAAGACACUAAUAUAUUCUUUAUCUGAGCUUGCAAGGAGUUAGAAUUUGGCCCCCCUUGCCUCUUCAAAAGCCCUGAAUAUUAACGGACGCUUUGACUUUAAUGUUAGUUUCAGGUGACCAGAGUCUCGGAGAAAGUAGUUGUCCAGAACUGUUGGUAUGAACUUCAUGUUUCAAGACUUCAUUAAAAAACAAACAAAAAGUUCCUCCCAGUUUUGAAAAACUUAGUGUUACAGGAGGAAUAGAAUGAUUCCUUAUCUUAGUUUCACGAUGGCUUCGGUUGACUGAUACCAUAGACAUAUGGAAAUUGAAUUUUAAAGUAUAGUGCAGGUUGAAUCUCUGUGGAUUUUUUUUCUUCUCUUCCUUCCUAUUUUCGGCUCACCUCCUCAUCCUGUCCUGUGGAAAAAUAAAAAUAAAGCGCCCCUUCAACUUAUUUCAGCUGUAGAUGUUAAACUGCCAAGUAUUUUGGAAAACUCAUUCAGGGAAUAUAGUAUGUGGCACUGAUGUUGAUGAAGGAAAUAACUGAAUAACGUAUUGAAAGGUGUUGAAUUUAUUUGUAUGUAUCAACAGUGAGAUGAAAAAAUUGCCCCAAACUUACAGGUUCCAUGUCUGCUUUCUUGUAGCUGCUUAGAUCUGUGACAAAAUCUUUGGCAUAUUACUAAAUGUUCGUUCUAGCCCUAGCUAGGUGCACAGUUUUUGGCUGGCCCUACUGAUGUAGGGAACAUACCUUUCAUACCGAAUUUAGAGACUUGAAUGGCUACUGAGUAUUCUAGACUUACAACUUUUCACAUUUGGAACUUUUUUAGAUUGUAAACUGAUACUGUUAGAGUUAAGAUAUUUUUAUCUUUCAUGUGUGCCUUUUCAAUAAACUUUGCCUGAUUGUAACUCCA